GAAAAAAAUCCUUUAAGUCAAAAACGCGUGUGAUGAAAACAUAGUUAUUUUAGGUUAUUUUUGAUCUUAGAUUAAACUUUUAUUGUUAGAUAUGUCGUUUCGUGGCAGAGGAGGUGGCGGUGGACGCGGUGGUUUCGGCGGUCGUGGCGGAGGACGGGGCGGCAGAGGCCGAGGCGGCGGCGGAGGUGGCGGCUUUAGGCAGCAGGACUUCGGGCCGCCGGAGACAGUCAUUCCCCUGGGCCACUACGGUUGGACGGUACAAGAUGACUUAGUUUGCAAAGUGGACAUAGAAGACGUACCGUAUUUCAACGCUCCAAUUUACUUAGAAAAUAAGGAACAGAUAGGAAAAAUAGAUGAGAUAUUUGGAAACUUACGCGACUACUACGUGUCAGUGAAACUCGGGGAGAAUAUAAAGGCCAAGAGUUUCAAAGACGGCCAGCAGUUUUAUAUCGACCCCGCAAAGUUGUUGCCGUUGAAGAGGUUCCUACCACAGCCUCCGGGUGCCAAGAGAGGUGUUGGGAGGGGAGGUCCGCGCGGUGGCCGUGGUGGAGGCUUCAAUAGGGGUGGCGGAGGUCGCGGCGGAGGUUUCAAUCGCGGUGGGGGCGGAGGUUUCGGCCGCGGAGGCGGAGGCGGCGGCGGGUUUGGUCGCGGAGGAGGAGGUGGUGGUUUUGGCCGUGGCGGUGGUGGCGGAGGUUUUGGUCGUGGGGGCGGCGGGGGGCGCGGAGGAGGUGGCUUCCGAGGGGGUCGCGGCAGAUACUGAGUGGUAGUGAUAAGUGUUUAGUAUAAGGACAUUUUGUAAUGGUAAAAUAUUCAAUCCUGUUUGUGUCGGGACAGUUUUUAAAUAUGCAGAGUAUUGCAUAGAACAUAGAUAAAUUUAAAACAUUGUUAUAUCUUCCACAUUCACAUUAGUCUUGGGCUUAAUCAAACAUCUGCAAGUGCGCGCCAUACUAGUACAAUUGGGAAAACAUACUAGUACACACUUUUAGUACCUUUAGUACUUCAGAUUUGUGAGAACAAAAUACAUGAAGAGAAUAUAACGAGGGUUAUAGAUUAUGUUACAUCAAAUUUUAAGCAGGGUCAAACAUAUGAUAUUAGCAAAAAUAAAUUUAGUUAUAAAUGAUUUUAUCCACUUUUGAUUCUCAUUAUUGCAAAUCAAAUCAAAUACUUCGUUAUUUGAUUUGAUUUUCAAGGCGAAAAAGUGCCAAAUGUCCGAUUAACAAGAGCCAUUCAGUAAUGUUACUUUUUGUAGCGUCAAGUAACAUUACUUUUUAGUACAUCAUAUGUGUACUACCCAAGACUAAACAUUGUAUUUAAACAAAAAAUAUAUGAGUAAGACCAAGUUAUUAAACUGUGUGUUAAUUGUACUGAUAUGUAUAAACUGAGUAUAUAUGUCUUUGUAACAGAAUAGAUAUUUGAUUGAAAGAAUAAUGUUGGUUCAUAAUAGUUAUGGAUUAAGUAAACAUUGUAAAAAGUGUAAAAUGUGUUGACACAAUAUAUUUGACUAUUUUACUUUAAUAUAAGAUUAUUUUUA